CUUGUGUCAUCGCGAUCGUAGUUUUCCUGUGACUUAGAUAACUUGGAGUAGAACACAAAACCGCAAUGUGAGACGAUCAUUGCUUCAGGAUGAGUAAACAAAGUGUCCGCGAGGAAACAGAACAUUAGCUCCGAUAGUGUAGUGUUAGUGUGAAUGUUGAAUGCAAUGUACUUGUUGUGUGCAGUGGUGUGCGCGCUGUGGUGGGGCGGGGCGCGCGCGCAGUCCGUCACCGUGGUGCAGCAGACCUUACAUUAUGAUGAGGUUUACACGCUGUCACUCAAUAGCAGCGUCGAAUUCAUUUUGGAUUUUAACCCGGUCUCCAUCCUCCCAGCCGAGAUCCCGAGCACGGUGUGGCUGAGCAGCGAUGGCGGCGCCACCUCCCACCCCGUGCUCGUCACCUCGCGGCAGCGCACGGGUGCAGUGACGUGGCAGCUGCCGUACGAGGUGGAGGGGCGCACGCUCUUCGAGCUGGAGCGCACGCUCUGCCCCGACGACACCGCCGCCGCCGCCGACGGCAACAACACGGAGUGCGGUACUGUAUUCUCUCUCUCUCAUCUCUUCAGAGCGUGUGACGACGCAGGAGAGCGCACCUUGCACUCGUGGUUCCGGUGCCUGGACUCGGCGGGCGUGGCGGACCAGUCAGUGCUGCCCGACACGAAGAACUACAGGAUAUUUAGCACGCGGGUCACGGCGCACCGAUGGGAGGGUGGAAGGACGAGGGGCAUACCCGAAGAUGGCCAAGAGCCAGUUGAGCGCGUUGGCGAUGAGCAGCAGCAGCAGGCGCGCGCCGUACAGCGGCCGCGCGUCGCGCCGCAGCUCGCUCGCCGCCGCCGCCAGCCGUCGCUGUCGCGGACGCAGUACGCGGUGGCGGCGGGCGCGACGCUGGCGCUGUUCCUGUCGUUCUACGUGGCGGCGGGCGCGCUCGUGCUGGCGCAGCGCUGGCCGCCUUUCGCGAAGUACGUCGCGCCCAAGGCCGUGCUCGCCAAGCCUGAUAACGGUUUGUCAGAAGCUCAAGUUACCUCAACGACUAUAGAUGGCACCACAACAGUGUCGCCAACGAACCGACGUCGACAGUCGAAUGACACGUACGACAUGAGCGACGACAGCGACACGGACGAGGAGGCGACGGACGCGAGCGAAGUGCGCAACCCCGCCGCGCCGCCCGCCGCGCCGCCCGCCGCGCCGCCCGCCGCGCCGCUCGACGCGCCGCUCGACGCGCCGCCCGACGCGCCGGGCAACGGCGCCGCUGCCUCUGCCGCCGCCGACACGAGCCAGGACAAUGCCGUUCAGGGCCCGUUCGGGCUGCCGGCGCGGCUGCGGCUGGCGGCGCUGGCGCGGCGGCGCGGGCGCACGCUGCGCGCGCGCUCCGACCGCUACCUCGCCAUGCUCUACACCGUCGCCGUCUUCUACUCGCUGCCCGUCAUACAGUUCGUCAUCGCCUUCCAAGUUGCGAUGAACUUCACGGGCUCGCUGGACAUCUGCUACUACAACUUUCUGUGCGCGCACCCGGCGGGCGCGGUGGGCGACUUCAACCACAUCUUCUCGAACCUCGGCUACUUGCUGCUCGGCGCGCUCUUCAUGCUGCAGGUGCGGCGCCGCCGCGCCAGGCGCCGCAGGCAGCCCCGCGAUGAGGAGUACGGCAUCCCGGCGCACUACGGGCUGCUGUCGGCGCUGGGCGCGGGCAUGAUGGUGGUGGCCGUGCUCUCCGCCAGCUACCACGUCUGCCCCAACGGCCUCAACUUCCAGUUCGACACGGCGUUCAUGUACGUGCUGGCGGUGCUGAGCAUGGUGAAGAUCUACCAGGCGCGGCACCCCGACGUGAACGCGCGCGCGCACGCCACCUUCGGCGCGCUCGCCGUCAUCAUCGCGCUCGUGGUGUGGGGUGUGCUGGAAAUGGACAAUCAAUAUUACUACAAGUUAAUGGCCAGUUAUUUGUCUAAGCGUAACUGCGACGAGUCAUUCAUGAGGUAUUUCUUCGGUAAGAAUGCAACAAAGAAGACGCCUGAAGAAUUAGAACGAGCUGAUGAAAGGAAAAGGCGGCUCCAGAGAGAGCGAUCUCGUCGUUAUCGUGCAUUAAAGAAUGCUCGUCGUCAAAAUGAAAAUAGUCGCGACAGUGCCGAGAACGACUCCGUUCGUAGUAAGUCGCGAGGUGUCUCAAUUGAUGAGGAAAUAAGUGACGGAGAUGAACCGCCAACGCUGUGCGAUCUUAACUACGAGGACAAGUGGCGGGAUCCCACGUUAUCAGACUGUGCCUCCGACGACAACUCUGCGCACUCCGCCGCCGAACAUAAAGAAGGCUCCCUGCCUGGUAAUGUGUCACUUAAUUUAAAAGAGUUUCUCAGUUCUCCCAACACUGAGUUGGACUAUCCGACCGUUCACAGCCUUAUGUUUCACUGGCUCCAGACGUAG